CAAAUGUAUGAAUCUCUCAAAUACGCGUAACGAAUAAGAGUGUUGUGAUACCACGUCGCGGCGCUCCAAGACCAAUGAAUAAUUUGCUUGCAUAGACCACCUCGAGACUAAAACCUCAUCCACCCAUUAAUUUUUAUGCUCAACUUUCCAACAUUUUUUUGUAUUUAUAACAUUGCUCCACCCUAACUUGAUUGCCUCAUUGAAACAUUUAGCUUCUUCCAUAGAGAUUUAAGGUGAUCAAGAAAAUCAAAAGAAGAGAUCGAAAGGGCCAUGGACAUGAAGGGAGAAAGUGCAAUAACCCCAUCUCUUGGUCAUGAAGCAGUCCUGGGAGAGCAAAGGCAACCCCUCUUGGAAAACCAGCCACUGUCCGAAAAACCAACCAAAACCCCAGCACAGAAGGCCCUGAGAAAGACCUUCAAAAUCUCAGGUCACCUCUCCAACCUCCUCCCGACCGGCUCGGUCCUCGCGUUCCAAAUCCUCUCUCCCGCCCUCACCCACGAGGGCAAAUGCCGCACUCUCACGAGCCAAACCCUGACCCUAACCCUAAUCUCCCUCUGCGGGGUUUCCUGCUUCCUCCUCUGCCUCACUGACAGUUUCCGGGACGAGAGGGGCAAAGUCCGGUAUGGGCUGGCCACGUUUCGCGGGCUGUGGAUUAUGGACGGGUGCGCUAGCGUUCCUCCGGGGGAGGAGGAAAAAUACCGGCUGAGACUCGUCGAUUUCUUCCACGCGUUGCUGUCCAUUGUUGUUUUCAUCGCGGUCGCGUUGUUUGACCAGAACGUGGUCAAGUGUUUCGUUCCGAAUCCCUCCGAAGAAGCCCAGGAGCUCCUCGCGACGUUGCCUAUCGCGGUUGGGGUGCUGUGCAGCCUGCUUUUCGUCGCGUUUCCAACGAAGAGACAUGGAAUCGGAUUCCCUCUCUCUCAACAGUAAACGACGGAUGCAUUUCAUCGAUCUUUCGAU